AUGGGGAAUGAGACCGACCGACUUUCAUUGCUAGCAAUUAAGGCAAAAAUAGUUGAGGACCCACUGCAUGUUUUGAGCUCCUGGAAUGACUCUAUCCACUUCUGCCAAUGGCAAGGCGUUACGUGUGGCCGCAGGCAUCAGAGGGUCACUGCCUUGGACUUACAGUCCCGGGAACUGGUGGGAUCAAUAUCACCACACCUUGGGAAUUUAAGCUUUCUGAGGGAAUUACUGCGUCAGAACAAUAGCUUUGGCAAUGAAAUUCCCCCAGAAAUUGGCCGUUUGCCAAGGCUGCAGAUUUUGCAGCUGAGCAAGAAUUUAAUUGGUGACCAAAUUCCUAUAAAUAUAUCUCGUUGUGCUAACCUCAUUUACAUCAAUUUUUCACACAAUGGAUUGGUAGGGGAAGUUCCCGUGGAGCUGGGAUCCUUGUCGAAGCUCGCAAUAGUAAAUAUAGAGGCCAACAAUCUUAGAGGGAGUAUCUCUCCUUUCACGAAUUUGUCAUCUCUUCGCAACCUGUUUUUAGACAGAAACUACUUUGACGACAGCUUUCCUGAUGGUUUUGAUCAAUUGAAGAAACUUCAGAUACUCGCACUCGGCGGAAGUCUUCCCUGGGACUUGGGAAUCACUCUUCCCAAUCUUGAAUUAUUCGGCAUUGCUGGAAACCAAUUUACAGGAUCAAUUCCAGUUUCAAUAUCGAAUACAUCUAAACUCCAUGAACUCGAAUUGGAUCAAAACAAUCUUACUAGAAAGGUUCCUAAUUUAGCAAGGCUGCAAAACCUCAAGUGGCUAACCAUCGGGGACAAUCAGCUUGGUUGCGGGGAAGCUGAUGACUUGAACUUUAUCUACUCUUUGAUCAAUGCUACAAAUUUACAGUAUUUGAACGUGGGCCUAAACAAUUUUGGCUGCAAGAUUCCAGAAUCCAUCGGUAAUCUCUCAAGCAAUCUUCAACUUUUGAGUUUAGACAACAAUCAGAUAUUCGGAAGCAUUCCACCCGGGAUUGUAAAUCUUGUUGGCUUGCAGAGUUUGUAUAUGCAGGUUAAUCAACUCACCGGUACUAUUCCAAGUGGGAUUGGAAAGCUUCAAAAUUUGGACGAAUUGAAUCUCCUCAACAAUUUAUUGUCUGGACUAAAUAAUUUUCAGGGAAACAUUCCUCCGAGCCUAGGGAAUUGCAGUAAUUUGCAAAAGUUGCUUCUUUCUCAAAACAACCUUAAUGGUACCAUACCAAAACAAGUUGUUUCUAUCUCAUCCUUAUCUAUAUAUCUAGACCUAUCCCAAAACCAACUGAGUGGUUCUCUUCCCAUGGAAGUUGCAAAGUUGAUAAACCUUGGUUACUUGGAUGUCUCUAAGAACUUGUUAUCAGGUGAAAUUCCGAGCACUCUGGGUAGCUGCACAAGCCUGGAAACGCUACGUUUGGGGAACAACUUUUUCAACGGAACCAUUCCUUCUUUUUUGAGUUUCUUGAGAGGCUUAGCGAGUUGGAUCUUGUGA